AUGCCUAGUGCCACUGAGUCAGCAAAGAUGCUCCCAGGCCCCUACGGCGCCAACAUGGAAGACAGCGUCUGCUGCCGUGAUUACGUCCGUUACCGUAUGCCCCUGCGUGUGGUGAAACACUUCUACUGGACCUCAGACUCCUGCCCGAGGCCUGGCGUGGUGUUGCUAACCUCCAGGGAUAAGGAGAUCUGUGCCGAUCCCAGAGUGCCCUGGGUGAAGAUGAUUCUCAAUAAGCUGAGCCAAUGAAGAGCCUACUCUGAUGACCAUGGCCUCGGCUCCUCCAGGAAGGCUCAGGAGCCCUACCUCCCUGCCAUUACAGCUGCUCCGGCCGGAAGCCUGUGCCAACUCUCUGCAUUCCCUGAUCUCCAUCCCUGUGGCUGUCACCCUUUGUCACCUCCGUGCUGUCACUCCCAUAUCCCCCUGACCCCUCUAACCCAUCCUCUGCCUCCCUGCAGCCAGAGUGUCCUGUUCCCAUCAGCGAUUCCCCUGCUCAAACCCUUCCAUGACUCCCCACUGCCCUAAGCUGAGUCAGGGCUCCCAAGCCUGGCAUGCAGCCUUCUGGAUCUGGGUUCCAUCUCUGUCUCCAGCCUGCCCACUUCCCUUCAUGCAUGUUGGGUUCUAGCUCCCUGUUCUCCAAACCCAUACCACACAUCCCACUUCUGGGGUCUUUGCCUGGGAUGUUGCCGACACCCAGAAAGUCCCACCACCUGCACAGGUGUAGCCCUACCAGCCCUCCAAGGCAUUGCUCGCCCAAGCAGCUGGUAAUUCCAUUUCAUGUAUUAGACGUCCCCUGGCCCUCUGUCCUCUCUUAAUAACCUUAGUCACAGUCUCCCCAGAUUCUUGGGAUUUGGGGGUUGUCUCCCCCACCUCCCCACUAGUUGGACCAAGGUUUAUAUCUAAGUUACUCUGGUCUCCCGGCCUCUAGCAUACAGCACUGCAGACAGGCCCCAGCUCAGAAUCAGAGCCCAGAAAGUGGCUGCAGACAAAAUCAAUAAAACUAAUGACCCUCCCCUCUCUCUGCCAAAAGGCAGUUAGAUAUCAAUACAGAGACUCAAGGUCACUAGAAAGGGGCCAGCUGGGUCAAUGUGAAGCCCCAAAUUUGCCCAGAUUCACCUUUCUUCCCCCACUCUCCCCCCCUUUUUUUUUUUGAGAUGAGAUGGAGUUUCGUUCUUGUCACCCAGGUUGGAGUGCAAUGGUGCGGUCUUGGCUCAUUGAAGCCUCCACCUCCUGGGCUCAAGUGAUU